UACAACUUUCAUAUUUCUCAACGAUGGUAGAGCAAAGAGAGCUUGGAAGGACCGGCACGUUUGUAAACCCACUGGGGUUGGGCUGCAUGGGAAUGAGCGAUUUUUAUGGCCCUACAGAUGAGGAAGAGAACAUGGCUGUUCUGAGCCGUGCACUCGAACUCGGUUGUAAUUUUUGGGAUUCUGCCGACAUGUACGGCGUAGGUGAGAACGAACGGCUUCUGGGAAGAUACUUUUCCAAGUCAGGAAACCGCGACAAGGUGUUUCUAUGCACAAAGUUUGGCAUCGUUCGGGAUGAGAAGACUGGAGCAUUUUCGGCCCCAAACGGAAAGCCCGAGUAUGUGCGCAAAGCUUGUGAAGCCAGUCUUAAACGUCUCGGCGUCGAUACCAUCGAUUUGUACUAUCAACAUCGAUAUGACCCAGAAACUCCAAUUGAAGAUACAGUGAAGGCUAUGGCAGAGUUGGUAAAGGAAGGCAAGGUUCGAUACAUCGGCCUAUCGGAAUGCAGCGCCGAAAAUAUCCGACGUGCACACAGGAUCCAUCCGAUUUCGGCGUAUCAAGUUGAAUUUUCGCCAUGGACGCUCGAUAUUGAAACCAAUGGAGCACUUGACACUUGCCGGGAGCUAGGCAUUACCAUCGUUGCUUAUUCGCCCCUUGGUCGUGGUUUUCUGACAGGCGCCAUCAAGUCGCCAGACGAUCUUGCUGACAACGAUUACCGCAAGUUGAACCCACGCUUCUCACGCGAGAAUUUCUCCAAGAAUCUGGAGCUCGUAGCCAAGAUACAGGGUAUCGCUGAAAAGAAAGGUGCCACUACACCAGAAUUGGUCCUUGCAUGGGUUUUAACCCAAGGAAAGGAUUUCAUUACUAUCCCAGGGACGAAGCGGCUCAAAUAUCUUGAGCAGAACCUCAAGGGUGGCCAACUUCAGCUGACAAAUGAGGAUCUAGCAGAAAUUCGGAAGGUUGUAGAUGCUGCUACAGUAAGCGGUACUCGUUAUUGAAGUCAUUGACGUGCUUUUACCAUGCAGAUAAAAUAAUCCUUGUGAAACCACCAUUUCAUUAAUCAUAAUAAAGCUUUAUAAUGAUACUCCAACGAC